AUGCAUCGUACCUAUUCUAUGCGCCAGACGCGCGCUCCGACCGCUUCGCAAGUCGAUAACCCCGCUCCCCCAUUGUCUUCAACCAAGUCCAACCGCUGGCUAGGAAAGGGUGGUAUCGGCCAUGCGUUCCGUAAAAAUGCCGCCGGUGCUUUCGGCCCCGAUCUGGCGCGCAAGCUGUCGCAGCUCGUGAAGAUGGAGAAGAACGUCAUGCGCAGCAUGGAGCUUGUCGCCCGCGAGCGUAUGGAGGUCGCUCAACAACUCUCCCUCUGGGGUGAGGCCUGCGACGAGGAUGUGUCGGAUGUCACGGAUAAGCUUGGCGUCCUGAUCUACGAGAUCGGUGAGCUGGAGGACAUGUUCGUUGACCGCUACGACCAGUACCGUGUCACCAUCAAGAGCAUUCGUAACAUUGAGGCCUCCGUGCAGCCCAGCCGAGACCGCAAGCAGAAAAUCACCGAUGAGAUCGCCAAGCUCAAGUACAAGGAUCCUAACUCCCCACGUAUCGUCGUUCUGGAGCAGGAGCUCGUUCGUGCCGAAGCCGAGUCCCUAGUCGCCGAGGCUCAGUUGUCGAAUAUCACCCGUGAGAAGGUCAAGGCUGCAUUCCAGUACCAAUUUGAUGCCCUGCGUGAGCACUGCGAGAAGGUUGCCAUUAUCGCCGGCUACGGAAAGCACUUGCUCGACCUGAUCGAUGAUACCCCCGUGACUCCCGGUGAGACUCGCCAGGCCUACGAUGGGUACGAUGCCAGUAAGGCUAUCAUCCAGGACUGCGAGGAUGCGCUCAGCAACUGGGUUAGCUCCAAGGCUGUUGUCAAGUCCAGUCUGUCUCAGCGCUCCCACACCCUCUCCCAGCGCCAUCGCCAGAACAUCAAGAACCGCGAGGGUAUCGAUCUUUCUCAGCAGGAUGCCCCCAUGGCUGGAGACCGUGACUCUUGGUUGCCUGCUGAUCAACACCCCAACUAUGAGGAUGGUGAAGAUGGUGUCAGCACUUUGGAGGGAGAGAUUCGUGGUCGUGAGGAAGAGCGUGAGCCCCUUGCGGCUUAA